ACAAAUAGUGCAGUAGAAGCAACUAUCAUAGCCGGUGUGUUAACUCAGUAUUAAAAAAAUCGAAAAUAAUCUUUUAAUUUAAGCAUUGACCGGUGUUUAAAUAAAAUUCUGAUAAUUUUUAUUCUUAAUUAUUCUCAUAUUAAUUCAAGCAAUCUAUGGUGCCCUUCCUUUAAAUUUUGAAUUUUCAAGUGACAUUAAAAAAACGACAAUUUUGAACCGCUCUGUCAAAACAAACAAAACUCUCGACGUCUGUUCUCUUCUAAUAAAAAUACGGAAAAUAUUAAAAUAUCAAUUUAAAUUUUUUUGAAAUAUUUUUCGGAUUUAUUUUCUAGUCGAAAUAGUGUAGUUUUGUUUUUUUGGUGUUUGUAGUGCUUUCGGUAAUUUCGUCGUGCUCAGAAGGAGGUGUUCCAUGCGCAAUAAUUUUCCAAUCUCCCUUCAGCGCUUAUCAACCGUUAAGUUUUUGGCAAAAGAAAUUUCAAAUAGAUUUUCGGGUUUAUUCAGUGAAUAUGAUAAUUAACACAAAUUAAACACUGAGUGUAUGUAAAGAGCCGAGAAGACAAAUUUCAGGUUAAGUGGCAUUACCAACGAUAGCUCUCCAAAUACGUCGUCCGCGGGUUCGUCAUCAUCAUUAGCGGGAAAAGCGGGAGCACCAAUCGGCAGAAAUUAUAAAAAAAUAUAACUUUUACUGAUUUGGGUGCCGCCGGUUUUUUGUGGACUUUGUUAGGUCUCAAAUCGGAGGACCAGAAGCCACCGGACGAAAAUUGCUAAUACUUCAUAAGAAGGAAGACAUCAGCUUAAGAUAUUGAGCCUCGCCUCCAUUCGUCACCAUUUAUUAGAUUAAUCGUGUAGACCCAGAAUGGCAACGCAAGGUGGUGCUUCAAGGCUGGCGCAAAUGCAAAUGCGUUUCCAGCAAAAACAGCAACAAGAACGUGAGCAAAGAAGGCUUGAAUUGACAGGACCUUCUAAACCUACUCUUGAUGGAGGUGACACUAAAUCCCUCAAUUCGACUAUUGGUGCAGGCAAGGUUCGUCAAAUGUUCGAUGAAAGACGUAAGGGCACUGGCAUAGAUAAGAGCUAUCCCCUUAAGCCAAUAGCAGGCCGAACAUCGUCCGGAUCAUCGACCACAACAACAAAAACAACUACUACUACAGUUCGAAAGCAAGUUGGAUCGAUGAAACAGGUUAACGGCAAAGUUAGCACAAUGAAAUCCGAAGUCCGGGAAACGACUGUACACUCAGUUAAUGGAAAUGGCAUUCCCACUAAUGAAUACACAUUAACUACCCAUGAAUAUAUUGAUAACGAAUCAAUGCCAGAUACUCCUGAUGGCAUAACUGCUGGCUUCAAUGGCAAUGUUCCCGAAUUCGCCAAGCUUUCUAUUCAGGACCAUAAUAGAAACGACGACUUCGGUGGGAUUGACGAUACAAACAAUAACAACAAUAGCAUCACUAGCAAGUCCGAGCCAACCAGUAUCAAAUUGAAACCUGUCAUUACGAAGAAAACAGCUCCUCCAUCGCGCCCUACUCCUGCACCACCUGCAACAGUCCGACUGACACCACGUGCUACGAAACCUGCAACGCCAGUGAGUAGAGCAUCUCCUGCUCCAGCACGACCUAAAACAUUCACUAAGACUCCUCCAGGCAGUGCCAGUAGUGGAAAAUCCGUAGUAUCAUCAUCUUCGUCCUCUACACCUAAAGUUGGAUCUCCUGCUAAAUCGAGUCCGCGUCCACCUACUGGACCCAUUCCAGAGAAUAUGGUGCAAUGUAGAAUUUGUGGCCGAAACUUCAACACAGAUCGUAUAGAAAAACAUCAACAAAUUUGUGAAAAAACGACGACCAAGAAACGUAAAGUAUUCGAUGUAGUCAAGCAUCGAGUUCAGGGCACUGAAAUAGAACAGUAUGUUCGGAAAGGUACACGCGUCAGUACACGCCCAACUGUGACAAGUAAAGCGGCAACGGCUGCAGCUAACAAGAAAAACAACUGGAGGAAAAAACACGAGGAAUUCAUUCAAGCCAUCCGAGCAGCGAAGGAAAUGAAGGCUUUCUUGGCGAAAGGUGGAAAGCUAUCUGAUUUGCCACCACCACCGCCAUCCGAAAAUCCUGACUAUAUUCAGUGUCCGCAUUGCCAACGAAGGUUUAAUGAAGGCGCCGCUAGUCGACACAUCCCGAAGUGCGCCAAUAUGCUGCAUAAUAAACCGAAGCCCGGAGCCAAGGCACCACCGAAACGGCGUUAAUUGUGGGCUUACAACGAAAUUCUGUUCUGUUCCUAUUCUAUUCCUUGAACUUUGAGAUAAUUCAAACUAAAAGUAUACUAAAAAAGUCUUAAAAAAAUUGAAAAUAACGAGAGAAGAUCUAACAUUAACCAGGCAAAAAGAAACUCUUGGUAUAUAUUUUCUACUGAUAUUUGUACUAAAACUGAGGAAAACGUUGUACAUUCCAACAAUAUGCCGGUGUCUGUGGCGAUCUCAAACUUUAUUAUCAUUUGUCCCACUAACUCGUUUGAUAAUCGCGACGGCAGACCCAUAUUUUGUAUGUGAUACUUAUAAAAUAAUAAAAUGAUCGAAAUAGUAAUAAAUAUAUUGAAUCAAAAUUAAAAAA